CGUCGAUAAACAAAAAUAUUCAGUUAUUAAUUGUAUUGGACGCGAAAAAAAAUAAUAUUUGCGAAUAUUUCCAUUGUUAAUAUUAUGUUUACAUUGUGCAGAGAACCGCACAAAUGCUAAAUAUGAGGUGCCUAGGUGGAAAAUAUCAAAAACACAAUAUUGCAAUUUUAGUGUAUUUUGUGACAAUUUUUAUUACCAAAAACGUGCUUACACAAGAUCUCCUAAAUGGUGGAGAAUUGCAGUUAGUGGAUGCCGAUAAUGAUACAGAGUCCAAUGAGGCGACUGCUUGGUGUUUUAGAUUCACAUGGCUUGGUCCAAAAUAUGACAAAAAUUCAAAAACUUUUUUAAAUCAAACGUGCAAAGACGUUAUUGGCUUGAACAAAGGCAUUCCGUGUGUGACACCAUUAGUGGUGACAAACAACAGCAAUUAUCCCGACACGGACUGGAUCUGGGAGCAGCAUCAAAGGAAGCCGGGCGACAUUGCGUGCAAAGCUGCGGGCGGCGACAUUUGCGCGAAAUAUUCGUACUUUUUCAAUGGACGAGUUGAAAAUGUCACGUAUUUGUGCACAAAAGUGAACAUUGAAAACGGCACGUCACCCACGAGCGGAUGUUUCAAAGAGUCACGGAACAAUCGGGUCACAGAGGUUUGUGUUUGUGAGCCACAAGCUGGUGGAAAGCCCUGCAAUACGGGAUUUUCGUUGCAAUUUCAUGUAAAUCUGAUAAUGAUUUUUGUUGGCUGUUUAAUAACAUUAUUGUGAUAAAAUAUUUAUUUCUUCAUUAAAAAUAUUGUAAUAAUAAAAGUUAAAAACAAAAUAAAAUCGCCUAAUUAAAAUAUUGAAACCCGACAAAAUAAAAUUAUGUA